GUUCUGGGCCUGGGUCUCUGAGGGGCGGCCAUGGCGACCCACCUUGUGCUCUACAACGGCGCCAAGAUGCCGAUCCUGGGGCUGGGCACCUGGAAGUCACCACCGGGCCAGGUGACCGAGGCCGUGAAGACAGCCAUCGACCUCGGGUACCGCCACAUCGACUGCGCCCACGUGUACCAGAACGAGAACGAGGUCGGGGUGGCCCUGCAGGAGAAGCUCAAGGAGCAGGUGGUGAAGCGUGAGGAGCUCUUCAUCGUCAGCAAGCUGUGGUGCACGUCCCACGACAAGAGCCUGGUAAAAGGUGCCUGCCAGAAGACACUGAACGACCUGAAGUUGGACUACCUGGACCUCUACCUUAUCCACUGGCCGACGGGCUUUAAGCACGGCAGUGAGUAUUUCCCCCUGGAUGCGGCGGGCAACGUGAUUCCCAGCGACACUGACUUUCUGGACACGUGGGAGGCCAUGGAGGGGCUGGUGGACAAAGGGCUCGUGAAGUCUAUCGGCGUCUCCAAUUUCAACCAUCUGCAGAUCGAGAGGAUCCUAAACAAGCCGGGCUUAAAAUACAAGCCGGCAGUUAACCAGAUCGAGUGCCACCCGUACCUAACUCAGGAGAAAUUAAUCCAGUACUGCCACUCCAAAGGCAUCGUGGUCACUGCCUACAGUCCCCUCGGCUCUCCCGACAGGCCCUGGGCCAAGCCCGAGGACCCUUCCCUCCUGGAAGACCCCAGGAUCAAGGCAAUUGCAGACAAGCACAAAAAAACCACCGCCCAGGUUCUGAUCCGGUUCCCCAUGCAGAGGAACCUGGUGGUGAUUCCCAAGUCCGUGACGCCGGCACGCAUUGCUGAGAACUUCCAGGUCUUUGACUUUGAACUGAGCAGCGAGGACAUGACUACCUUACUGAGCUACAACAGGAACUGGAGGGUCUGCGCCCUGGUGAGCUGUGCCUCUCACAAGGAUUACCCCUUCCACGCCGAGUUCUGAAGCUGCGGAUGCCGGCUCUUCCCCACGUCACGUGUGCCUGCUUUCCCUGCCUGAGGAAUCCUCGGUGCAGCCCAGCCAGCCAGGGCCUGCUCGCAGGGAUCUGGGAGUGGGCAGCACCAUCAGUAGGUUAGAAGUCGCCGCCAGUGUUUUCUUUGCCUUUCUUCUCGCCCAGCUGGGAAAAGUACAAUUCUUCCGACCCAGGAGAAGCAAAAUCUACGAAGUCAGAGUAGUGCCACUAACAGCUGAGUUUUGACUGCUUAGAACUGUAAUCCUUUCAGCCAGACUUACUUUGCCUCCAAUAAAAAGUGCUUUUGUGAGCCUGA